AUGGAGGGUGUGGAGUGGUGCCCGAGAGAGCUGGUGCUGUCGGCGCUGGCGGUGCUGGUGCUGUUGUGGGUGUGCUACUACAGGCACUACAUCUACUGGAGCACCAGGGACGUGCCGCAGCUCUGGCCCUGGACGCCGUUUGGGAACACCCGCAAGAGCAUUCUCGGCACCCAGAGUUUGGCCGAUGACCUCGACGAGAUGUACCAACGGUUUAGAGAUAAGCGUUACGUAGGGAUUUAUCGCAAACGGACUCCCAGCUUGCUAGUCAUCGAUCCAGAACUCAUUCGUCAAGUAUUCGUCAAAGACUUUGAUUUCUUCAUGGACCGAGAACGUCUCCCCUUCAAGGAACCGGUACUGGAGAAUCAACUGUUCUUCAUGAAGGGCGAAAGAUGGCGGCAUUUGCGCAACAAACUCAGCCCCUUAUUCACCAGUGGGAAGCUGAAGAAUAUGUUUCAGACGCUGAACGAGUGCGGCACCGAGAUGGUGGAGGUGCUGUCCGAAGCGGCGCAGCAGUGCAGCGUCAUCGAGUUCCGAGAGGCGUGCGCGCUCUACACGACCGAGGUGAUCGGCUCGCUGGCCUUCGGCGUCAAGCUGAACUGCCAGCGGAACCCCGACUGCGACUUCCGGCGCUGGGCGAGGGCGCUCUUCCGCCCACAGCCACCCCAGAUCGAGCGAGUCCUUAUGGAAACGUUUGCCCCGCACAUCUGGAAACUCCUCACAUACAAAGCAGGUAGGAGGGACAUUUUCAAAUUCUUCGAUGACAUGGCAAAGGAAACGCUACAGCAGCGCCUGAAGAGUGGUACAAAAAGAAACGACUUCAUGGACCUGUUCACUCAACUACACACCAAGGGCUCCGUCGAUGGGGAGAAGAAUGAAGGCGAGGGAUGGAAACUGACGGAGGACGAAGUGGCAGCGCAGGCCUUCCUGUUCUACACCGCCGGCUUCGAGACGUCGUCGACAACGAUGAGCUUCGCCACUUACGAGCUGGCAGUCAACCCGGACAUCCAGGAGCAGGCGCAGAACGAGAUAGACUCCGUACUCGCCGAGAGUGGGGCCGUCACGUACGACGCUCUCAGCAACAUGAAGUACCUGGACAAAGUCUUGGCAGAGACGCUGAGGAAGUACCCACCACUGGCUACUAUCAACCGGGAGACCCUGCGGCCGUACCGGCUGCCCAGCGCAGACGGCAGCGGCGACACCGCUGUGAUCCUAGACCGCGGCAUCAUCGUCGUCAUCCCUGUGCACAGCAUACACCACGACCCUGUCCACUAUCCCAACCCCGAGCGGUUCGAUCCCGAACGCUUCUCAGACGAGGCCAAAGCUUCACGACAUCCCUUCGUCUACCUGCCGUUCGGCGAGGGACCACGUUUCUGCAUAGGCAUGCGACUGGGGCUGCUCCAGGCGAAGCUGGGCCUGGUGCACCUGCUGUCUAACUACACGGUGGACGUGAGCAGCGAAACGGACAUCCCGCUGGUCUUGGACCCAUAUACACCCGUGCUGUCCGCGCAGAACGGGAUCCGCCUGUGCAUCUCCAAGCGCAAACCUCCACGAACAGUGCAGUGA